UGUUUCGACCUGGCAAUUCACAUUUCUUGAUGUGUUUUCAUCUCAAAAACUUUAUUUUUGUGUGUGUGUGUGUUUUUUUUAAAGGAGAUGCUGAACAGAAUGCAACAGAAAUAGAUGCCUUCUUUAAAAGCAAACCCCUGGACCCAGCAGAACAGUACAAAAUGGACCACAAGAGGAGAGGCGUGGCUUUGAUCUUCAACCACGAGCGCUUCUUCUGGCACCUGACCUUGCCCGAGAGACGGGGCACACGGGCUGACAGGGACAACCUGAGGCAAAGGCUGUCGGAUCUGGGCUUCGAAGUGAGUUGCUUUGAUGACCUUAAAGCCGAAGACCUGCUGAUGACCAUUCAUAUGGUGUCCACCUCUAGCCACAUAGAUGCUGACUGCUUCCUGUGUGUAUUCCUGACUCACGGGGAAGGAAACCACAUCUACGCCUACGACGCCAAAAUUGAUAUCCAGAAGCUGACCGCCAUGUUUAAAGGAGACAAAUGCCAGACCUUGGUUGGGAAACCCAAGAUAUUUGUCAUCCAGGCCUGUCGAGGAGACCAGCACGAUAUUCCGGUCAUUCCUCUGGAUGUGGUCGAUCAUCAGUCGGACAAGGUGGACGUCAAUGAAACAGAAGUGGACGCAGCCUCGGUGUACACCCUUCCGGCGGGAGCCGACUUCCUCAUGUGCUAUUCAGUGGCGGAAGGCUAUUACUCUCACCGGGAGACAGUGCAUGGUUCCUGGUACAUUCAGGAUUUGUGUGAGAUGCUGGAAAAAUACGGCUCCUCCUUAGAGUUUACGGAACUCCUUACCCUGGUGAAUAGGAAAGUUUCCCAGCGCAGAGUGGACUUCUGCAAGGACCCCAACGCCAUUGGAAAAAAACAGGUUCCUUGUUUUGCCUCCAUGCUGACCAAAAAGCUCUAUCUCUUUCCAAAGCCUAAGUAA